CUGCACUGCAAAACUCAGCUGUCGCGGCCAGAUCAGAGAAAACAGUUCGCCCAAUCCGAAGGAACCCCCGACUCAGAAAAAUAUGGAUAGGACUCAACCUCUCUCAAGAAAAAGAAGACACUCAUCCCGUAUGGGUGCGAGCACAAGCCAUGACGAAGAUGAACACCCCCCUCGCUCGAGGCUACGGGCAUCAAGGUUAACAAGCAGAACAAGUUCCGGCUCGGUCGAGAUCGUGGACAUUACCCCGCAGACAACCACACCGCCAAUUGCUGAAGAUGAACCGAUUGAUUUGUCAAUACCUGUCUGCAUUGUGGACCUGACGGAUGAGACGGAAACCACAAGAAAUCGACCACGAAGAAAUUUUUCUCAGGAUGACAUCGUUGAUCUUACGUCUGUCGUAGAUACCCCAGUAGAAGAGAGAGCACCAAGGAGGAGAAGGAGACGGAGUAGGAGAGGGAGACCGAUGAGGAGCUCUCAACGUGGUAACAUCAUACCUAUCCUCAGUGACGAUAGUGAUGAGGAGAACGACAUCAUGGUCCUUCCAGAGAUAGACAUCGGGCAGAGCUACAGGACAGCCAGGGCAGAGACACCUAACAGUACAGCAACAGGUCCAGGAAGAGGGCGACACGCCACACCACAGAAGAGAGUCAUUACAUGUCCUAUCUGUAUGGAAGAUGAGACAACGUUACGGAACAACGGUCAGCAGCUGAUGUCAACCAACUGCGGUCACGUGUUCUGUCGUCACUGCAUCCGUGCGAGCAUCCAAACACAGCACCGAUGCCCGACCUGUCGUAAGAAACUCACCAUGAGGCAGAUACACCCAAUUUUUCUAUGAGGGAAUAACCAGAAGAAAAGAUGUAUGAUAUCUAUAUAUUUAUAUAUGUACAAUGUAUAUUGCUGUUAAAGGUCACCCAAGGGUGAAAAAUAAUAGUGGUUUUUAUAUGCGGGUGAACUUUCCAUGAAGGUUUGUCACAGCCACUUUGUAGUUUAUUUAUGCUACAUGUAUUUAUCACUACCACCAGAAGAUUUGGUGACAUAAUAUUGACUUGAAAAUGAUCUGAACUUUUUGGGGAGCUUGAUUCUCGCAGAGUGCGACACCUCCAAGGAGGUGGGAGUUGUGUCACUUGUGUGGCCACCGGUUGGCUGCAAAUAGGCAACCUUUAUACAGAGGUGACUGCUAUAUAAGAAUGAAAUUGUCAUAUUCUAAGGAUGCUUAUGUUCUGUCAUUGUGCAGUGUAACCAAGUCCAGGGUAUGCUUUAAACAUGCAUAUCUAGGUAUCUGUGUAUCUGCAAUAUUGUGCCAGAAUGAGACUUAAAUGGCAUAUGGAAGAGGAUAAAUUGAGCCCCACCCCUUCCCUCCCAGAGCAAAAAAAACAAACCUGUCCUAAAGUGUGCUCUGCACAGGAUUAUGAUGCUUUCAUAUCAGCCUCAAAGGGGAAGGAGAUAGUGCACAUAAGGUAAACAUUGCGGACAGAAUUCAUAAAGAAGGUUUUUCAACAAAACUAGGUAACCCCCUUUGUCAAUGCAUGUUUAUACCGUACAUUGAUGUAUACUUUCAGUGUAUACUACUUGUAUAACUGUCUCCUUUAAUACCAAAGCUCUGCAGGAUAUCUGGAGAAUAGUUCCAAGAAGUUAUUUUGAGGGGUGUCAUUGCAUCGCAUUUUAAGGAGGACGGUAGAAACUCCUGUCCCACAAACAGAUACUUGCAUUACUUAUGAAUGGAGAUGGUUAUCAUUUCAGAAAGUGUACAUUAUUCCCUGUAAUCCAGCUCAACAAAAUAUAUGUUGUCUGCUUAACAGAAUACAUUGUGGUAAAGUCAUGAUUAUCUUAGUGAUCAAUCUUUAUAUGAGUAAUAAAUCUGCAUAUUUAUAUGAGUAAUAAAUCACAUAUAACAUUUGUAGAAACUAUUUUGGGGGUUGCCUAAGCCAUGAAUUCAAGUGAGUAAUUGUAAGUUGUGUUUCAGAUGCUCUCUAUCAAAUCAUUUUUCAAGAAUAUAAUAAUAAUAAUAAUAAUAAUCUGGAUUUAUAUCGCGCUUGAUAUGGAAUACUGUGUCUAAGCGCUUUACAGAUAUUAUAACUUAUAUAUAUACUUGUAAUUGGUAUGUAAUAAUGCAUCCAUGAGACAGUUGAGUUGUUGUUUUUUCCUCCUGUUCGAUCCUUUUAAUAUGUUAUUGACAAUUCUUGUAAAUUCAUUAGAAAAGUGAUCGCAACUAGUACAUCUUUCAAAACAUCAUUUCAAUACCCUUGUAUGUCCCAUAGAAAUCAUAUUAGGAUUACAUACGUCAUUGUCAUGUUCGUACAUUUCAAUAGUUACCUUAGGUUAAUCGGAAGUAUUUGCUAUCGUGUUAAGGGCAGAAUAUGCAAGUUAUGGGGAAUUUCAAAUCGCUAAUGUCAUCUCAAAUGUCUACCGGUACUUGAUAUAUGUUUGUUUCUACAUGUAGUCAUGUAGGUAUAACUUGAUAUAGAGCUUGUUUAUCUUGUUUGCACUAGUCUGCAAAAUACUUACACGCCGGUGCAGCAAUUCUUUAUAUGAGCAAUCAUUUAAUCGUGCUAUACUAUUUCUGACGAGGUGGUUAGUUAUUUCCGUCACUGCUUUUGUUUAUUGGACCAGCAUGCUUUGGAAACAGUGUUAAUGUCCUGAAUUAGCUUGGUGCACAUGAUGGUAUUCCGGCGAGCUGUGAUUGCCAAUUUAGCAAAGAUUUACGGUCAGACUUGUCGCAUUCACAUUCUUCAACUUGUGUGAUGGCAAAGGCAGUUUUGAUAGAGUAUAAAGCGUGUCCUUCAUUUUGUUUAUUUCAUUUCCUGCCUUUUAUCAUUGUAAAGGGAACUCCACCCUGAUAUUAAGUUGGUUUUAAUAUAAGCAGAAACAUGAGAGGAACAGGUCAGUGAAAGUUUGAGCAAAAAA